AGUCACAUUAGACAACUUUUGGAAAACGAGAAGGCUAAUCCAAACACACUGCUUCCAGAAAAGGACUUCACUCCUCUUCAUUAUGUUGUUGGGUGUGAUUCACUGUUGUUUGCUGAGGAAGUAGCAAAAUUAUUUCUACAGCAUGGAGGUGAUCCAAACAUCAGGAAUUCGGAUGGGUUGACACCAGUACAUGUUGCUGCUGCUUGGGGCCAUGCAGAUCUGCUGAGGCUUUUGCUUCUGAAUGGUGGGGAUCCAUGGCUUCAGGAUAAUGAAAGCUGUACUGCAUUUCAUUAUGCUGUCCAGGAGGCUCAUUGGAAUGUAGCUGAAGUACUUCAUCAGUUUCAUUUGAAAGAUAUUUCUCUGCAGCAAGCCAAUAACAGCUCCAUUGAGAAACCAAAGUAUGAGGUAAAUCUUGAAAAAGUUAUCCUCUCCAAUGGUGAUAUCCUUUUGGAAUGUGGCGUUAGCUCCACUGUUCCUGAAAGUCGGUCGACAUUAAAGGAUUCCGUUUCACUUUUUUCUGGUCGUUAUUCAGAUCUAUAUGUGGGUAAUAAUCUAGUUGACAAUUUGAAGCAGUCUUCCAAUGAAAAAAGUAAAAAGCAUAUACAAAUGCCAAAGAGUGGUGUACAUUCCUCAGGAUGCAGCAAUUUGUUCUUCUCAGAUUCCAGUAUUUCUACUAAAGAUGCAAGCAGAGUCAUAGAAUGUAUAACAUUAAGUAGUAGUGAAACUUCAGAUAAGAACAACUAUUCAAGUGAAUGUAAAGUUAUAUCAUCAGAUCAAAAUUCUGAUAUGUCUUCAAUAUGCUCAGAGGCGAGCAUCCAAAAAUCUGCUACUGAAAAAUGUGUAUCAUUUGAAUACAAGCAGUCUUCAUCAGUAUUUUCAACAAAAUCAUUUACAUCGGGCAAUUCAGCGAAAUCGAGAAGAAAACUUUUGCCACGUUUUGGCAGGAACUUGGGCAGUAAUAGUACACACUGUGACUUCAACAGUUCUUGUAUGACUGUUGAUCAGCAAGAAAAUAGUACAAAUGAAGCUGUGAAGCACAUCACUGAAAAUAUGCUGCACUCUGUAACAUGCUCAUUGGAAAAGUUAUCAGUGGAUAGUAGCUGUGAUGGCAUUGAGACUUUAGAUUCAUCGCAUUCUUUAUCCAGGAGAAACCUUAGUUUAAGGACGUGUUCACGUUCAGAGCUUUCUCAUUCAGAACUUAACAAUGGUUUCUUGGAUAAAGAUACUCACAAAGGUAUGAAUUGUACACCUGGAAAGUAUGAUGAAGGCAGUAUUGUCUGCUGGAUGUUUCAAAGUACUCCAAAGAAAAAACACCUUUCUUAUGAAAGGGAUGCAUCUUAUGAGGGACAGCUAAAAGUAAAUAAAAAUCAGAAACCAGAAUUGGCUGCAACUACAAAUGCAGGUAGUGACUUGAUAGCAGGAGUGGUAUUGGAGAAAAGUGUUCAAUCCUUACAAAAGAUUCUAAGUGAAGAUACUUCUCCAAAAUCAGAUUUGCAUAUCUGCCUAGAAGGAACAAGUGAUUCUGGUCGAUCAACAAAGACCUCUGAUUAUGUUAACUUCUGUACGUGCAGUUCAGACUCAUCAUCCAGCAGUGGAUCAUAUUUCAGUAUAACUGAAGAAUAUAGAUAUACAGAUGAAGAAAAUGGAAUAGUCCUUAAAGAACGUAGAAUCUUAACUGAAAAGUGCAGCAUUCCUGAUGAUGUUUUUGAAAGUGUGAAGAUUCCUGCAGAAUGCUGUGUAAACCUCUCAUUGCCUGAUUCACUGUCAUCAUCAUCAACAUUGUCUUCACUCAAACUGAACGUGGAUUAUGAUACAGAAUCUCUGCGGGCAGAACUGAAAGAGAGAAACUGUAUUCCAGGGCCAAUUACCAAAACAACAAAGAGAUUGUAUUUAAAGAAACUUGUCAAACUGAAGAAGACUGUUGUUAUUUCUUUUAAAUUAAAUGUUUACAGUCCAGAGCUUGAGUGCACCUUGAAGACAAUGGAGUGGGUGAAUGGUCUUGCUGCCUAUAUCAAGUUGGAACAAGAAGUAGCUACUCAAUUUUCAAAUCCUAGUUGUGAAAGAAGAUGGCGAGGUGGUAUAACGAAAUCAGCAUUCUGUUAUCUGUUACUUGAUCCAAGAGUAACCAAAAAUCUUCCAUGUAGGACACAAACAAUGCAGCCUCUCCAGAUCUGGCAAACGUUUCUGUCAUCUGUCUUUUAUAUUGGCAAAGGUGUGCGAAAUAGGCCAUAUUCUCAUCUGUAUCAGGCAGCUUCUUUAUGGAAAACAAAAUCGAAGUCUUCAGACAAGAAGGUACAAUACAUUUUAGAUAUAUGGAGUGAAGGGUUUGGAGUUGUAUGCCUUCAUGUGUUCCAAAAUGUUAUACCUGUUGAGGCUCACACCCGUGAGGCAGCUAUGAUAGAAGCUAUGGGUUUGAAGGCAUUGAAAAAUGUUCGUCACAGUGAGUAUUAUGGAACUGCUGCAACUUGGAAUUCAAAGCAGCGACGAAAAUUAGGUGUUUAUCUUCUCUACAGAGCAUUGCUGGUUUUUUUGAGCGAAGGGGAGAGGCAGCUUGGACCAGAAAACUUAUAG